AUGGGUGAGGAAGUAAGUGACUUUUUGCUUUUUCGGUCAUUUAUGCUAAUGAGGUGAUAAGAUAUCUGUAAUCAAGCACAGUUUAUAAAGUUUAUGAUUUUUUUUGCAAUCUAAAUCGUCUCUUAUUCUCUGAAGAUUAGAAAACGUUCCUUGUUAGUUUUUCAAAACAUUUCCUCACAAUCAGCAGUGAAAAAUGAGACUUUUCUGGAAUUCUGUAAUGCUGCCGCUUCAAACCUUGCUCUCUCUCGGCUUCUUCUUCUUUUUCUUCAAAAUUAACCUUUGAUGUUCAAUUCAAACCCACACUUUUUGUAUGUGGAAAGAAAACCAAGAAGCUAAGGAAGGCAAGAGAGGUUGUGUAAUAUUUGCUCGGAUGCGUUUUUUGAGCUGCGAGGCACUUCAAAUCCACCUCUUGUUGUCUUUUGCAAGAGACGAAAGAGAUAAAGGAUAAUUUGUCGCCGCGCGCGGGGAGAAAAAUGAGAGGAGAAAACAGAAAAGAAAAGGCAAUGCAAAGAUCCGAACGGCUUUCGAAAAGUAAACAGUUUGACAGCUUUGCCGCGCCACGUUUCUUUUCUGAAACACUCCCAACUGACGGGGACUAAGAAUUCAUAUGAACUAUUCCAGGAUUGGUCAUCUGAUGCUCAGCAGCAGCCACGCAAGAGAUGGACUCUCGAGCAGCUGAAGGGAGGAAACACCUUCCUGUCGAUGCAGGCGGCGACCAACAAGUUCGACUCGCAGAAGGGAAUGACCGCGCCAGGAAUGCCCCGUUGGAACAUCACCAAGGAUAAGAAGGAGGGAUACAUCGCCCCAGACCAGAGAUCCGAGAACGUGCUCCGCGUCCAAUGCGGUACCAACCAAUACGCCUCGCAGAAGGGAGAGACCCCGAUGGGAGCUUCUCGCUUCCAGGUGCCGAAGGUCGCCUACAAGAAGGAGUGGGAGACCAUUCUUGACAAGGAGGGAGAGAAGCUCAUCCCGAAACAGGCCGGAGACUACGGACUCGCGUCGCAGGCCGGAGAAGUCAGCAUGGGAGGACACAGAAACCAGGUGGCUCUCAUUCGCGGACGUCUCCCACACGACCGUCGCACCCAUGGAGUCCUUUGCUUCCAGAACGGUAAGGAAACGAAUACAGUAUUUGGUCAAACUGUUCAUAAUUCUCAGGAACCAACUUGUUCGCCUCUCAAACCGGAAUGUCCGCUCCACCAGGUCUCGGAGCCGUCCGUCAAGCCACCCAAAAGAUCGAGGGACUCGAGCUCGGAGAGGACAUCCUGAGACGCGGAACCGAGUUCACCCCAUGGUACUCUGGACAGAACAAGUUUGCCACUCAAGCUGGAUCCGGAGGAUUCCUCAAGGUCCGAGACGUUCUCCCACACACGGUCGGAGGUAAGGAUAUCGAGGAGGACCUCAAGCAGAAGUCCGAAGGAAUCGUGCCACUCCAGUCGGGAACCAACAAGUUGGCCUCCCAGCGCGGAAUGACCGGAUUCGGAACCCCAAGAAACACCAUUCAAAGAGCUGGAUGGAAGAAGGAAUGGUAUGUUGAAUACAGUUGAAGCUGAAAUUGAUGGUCUCCCUUUUCAGGAUUGAGGACUACGAGGCCGCUCUCAAGGAGUGGGAAGAGACCAAGCCACCGGGCAGCGCUUCUUCUGUUGACCCAUUCGGUCACUACAAGAAGAAGUUCGAGGAGCGCGAGUCGUCCCGCCAAUCCGAGAUCGACUCUCAAUCCGUCAAGGCUAGCGAUCCAGUCGAGCCGGAGCCGGAAGAGGAGGAAGAGGAAGAGGAAGAGGAGAAGGUAUAAACGAGGAAUCGAAGUGAACGUAAUUGACAAAUGAUUUUCAGGUUGAGGAGCCAGUGAAGGAAGAGGAGGAGGAGGAGGAAGAGGAGGAAGAGGAAGAGGAACUCGAGGUAAGACUGAUAAGAGUAAUCGGGUCGGAUGUAUGAUGAUUAUUUCAGGAGGAGGAAGAGGAGGAAGAGGAGGAGGACGAGUAG